UGCUUUUGACGCCGGGUCUUCCGGGACUUGUGCUUUCCAGUUUCCUUCCGACCCACGGGUGAGCCACUGAUCAGAAGUGCCUGUCAAGAUGGAAGUGAAUCCUCCCAAACAGGAGCACCUGCUGGCUCUAAAAGGUCCUGUUUCUUCUGAUUUGACCCGAAAGACAGUCUUAUAAAUAAUAAAUUACAUUCUAGCUCUGAAGAAUUCGGCUAAGGAAUUUCCUCUUCAUUAAGAGUUAAUGGAUUACUGCAGAAUGACCACGGAAGUGAUACUACAUUAUCGGCCAUAUGAAAAAGAUCCCACACAACUGGCAAAAAUUGCAGAAAAGGCAAUUCAAGACUUUCCAACCCACCCGCUAUCAAGAUUUAUUCCUUGGUUUCCACAAGAUGGGUCCAAACUGCCGCUCAAGCCUAAAAGACUACCACCAGUCAUUUCUAGAGAGGCUGCUGAGAGUGUAAAACAGUACUUAGCCAUUUCAGAACCUAGUGUUAAAUCUCAGAGCUACGAUUGCACAGUAGAUCUUCUGGAGUUCCAUCCUAGUGUGGAAACGCAGCACCUGCUCCAGUCACGCGCGCUGCAUGAGCAGACUAAUUCUGGAACUCCAGGUAGCAAUUCAGGAAACGGGAAGCGGCACCAGAAGAGAUCCUGGAGCGUUUCACUUGCCAGCAAACACUGUCCAGAAAAGAGUUUUCCUUUGUCUAAGAAACUGCGAAAUAGUUUAAAGACAUUGCAAUUGCACUCCCUUCAUAGAGCAAGAUGGACAUUAGAAUACAGUGUUUGUAACAAGCAGACUCUGGAAGACAUUUGGACAGAACUCACUCGCCUCAUCCGGCACAAUGAACUUCCCUCGUGUAAUGCCACCAUCCAGAGACAGUUAGGCCAGAUAUGGGUGUUCUGUGAUAUUAUGUACUGCGAAUAUGUAGGAGGCCUUCUUAAAGAAAGAUUAUCUCUUAUUGGAAAGAUUAAUUUAUUUGUACGUAAAUAUGGUGUUAUUUUUAGUAUGUAAUGAAUUCUGGUUAUCAGAAAAAUAUUCUGAAUGAAAUGAAUAUGGACUGACAUUAUAAAAUGAAUUAUUUUUACUGUCACUGCAAUUUUAGUGACUUUGAAAAUUUCAUGCUCCUUUAUAAUGUGAAGAAAUAGUUGUCUGAUAUGUAGACAGUUUUUGUUCAAUAUAUAAAUAAAUGUCACAUGAUUCCAAGGCUUGUCAAUCAAGUCAGAAACAUUCUAGAUUCUGUUCAUUAGUGUUUUUUUAAGUGAACUGUGAUGAAUUAUUGUCUGUACUAAAAUUAAAAGUA